AAGUCCUUGAUGCAUAGCCAGAGAGCGUUUGUUUGUGAAUAUGUUGAAGUUAGUUUUGUUUGCAGCCUUAGUGGCUAAUGUGAUAUUUACAGUGUCGGCGACAGAAACAAAGAAGUUCAGCAGUUCGUCCGCGAGUGUAUCAUCAUCAUCAUCUUCAUCAUCAUCCAGAUCAUCUUCAUCCAGUGGUUCAUCUACAUCAACUUCCUCUUCGAGCAGUCAAUCUAGUAGUUUAUCAUCUGCUUCAUCAAACUCCACGUACUCUAAUUGUAAUAAUACAAACAAUGAAGGUAAAUGUACUAAACCUAAUGAGGUAUACGAGAUAUGUCCUCCUAAGUGUCCAUUUAGAACUUGCGGUAUCGAUGAUCGAUUAAUCGAUUGUAUGCCGCCCCCACAAGUAGGCAACCCUGAGUGCCCACCACCAGCAUGUAGAUGUAAGCCUGGUUUCUUCAGAGAUGACAAAGGAAACUGUGUCGAAUGGGAGAAUUGUCCUGUAUGCACAAAUCCAAACGAAGAAUACGACCCGUGCCCGGCCCCUUGCCCACCCCGGAGGUGUGACGUUGACGAUCGCCUAAUUAGGUGUAAAGCUCCCCCGCAAGUGGGCGAUCCUGACUGUAAACCUGGCUGCCGGUGUGCAGAUAACUUCGCUAGAAAUGAUAAGGGUAUCUGUGUCCCCAGGGAUGAAUGCCCGCAGAAUCAGUGUAAAGGAGCUAACGAGGAAUAUGUUAAAUGUCCAGAUUGUUCUCCACAGACUUGCGACAGUAUUGGUAAAAUAUAUCACUGUCCGUUAGAAAAUGAAAGCAAUUGUAAAGGUAGCUGCCGUUGCAAACGUGGAUACUACAGAAAUAUCAUAGGAGAAUGUAUCACGGAGGAGGAAUGUAUGAUGUGUAAUCGAACACAUGAAUAUUUCACUUGCGGGGGAGUAUGUGACAAUGUUUGUGCAACAUUACAACAACAGAACCAAACGAACUGCCCUAUAAAGAAUAUUCAAUGUAACCGAAAAUGUUAUUGUGAAGAAGCCUAUGCUCGUGAUGGUGACAACAACUGUAUACCUAUUGAAGACUGUAAAGAGGAACCAUGUAAAGAGCAUGAAGUAUAUGUUGACUGUCCAAAUCCUUGCAGUCCUAAGAAAUGUUCCCAAGUUGGUUUUCCAAUCGAAUCUUGUCCUAAUCAUUCAGACAUUUCACUGUCAUGUACAACAAAACCCGCCUGUGUUUGUGAAGGUGGAUACUACAGAAAUAAUGACGGUGUUUGUAUACCUUCUGAAGACUGUCCUUCAUGUGGCGGUGACCCAAAUGCCAGGCCCGGUUGCGGCAACUGUAGGGAAACUUGUGCCAAUUAUAAUAGUACAGAUCCUAUCAUGUGCAUACAGAUAUGCUACGAAAAUGCUUGUGACUGUUUGCCUGGUUACGUUGUUGAUAGUAAUACUGGAAAAUGUGUACUUCCAGAAAAUUGCACACCUAUUUGCGGAAAAGAUGAAGUUUACACAAGUUGUGUAAAUGGUGGAUGUGAUAAGAAAAAUUGUUCUCAACUAUCAAAACCAACUCUCUGCAUAGAUCCAAUUAAAUGUUUGGGUGGAUGUACUUGUCGUAAAGGUUACUUGAGAGCUCAAAAUGGAACUUGUGUUCCGUUAGAUCAAUGCGAACCUGCACCUAUUUGCGGAAAAGAUGAAGUUUACACAAGUUGUGUAAAUGGUGGAUGUGAUAAGAAAAAUUGUUCUCAACUAACAGAACUAACUCUCUGCAUAGAUCCAAUUAAAUGUUUGGGUGGAUGUAUUUGUCGUAAAGGUUAUUUAAGAGCUCAAAAUGGGACUUGUGUUCCAUUAGAUCAAUGCGAUCCUGGUUGUCCUGCGGGAGAAGUUGCUUCAAAAUGUCCUCCAGUCGGUUGCAACUCUGAAUAUUGCCCAACGUCGAAUAAUUACACUUCUUAUUGUCCAACACCUAAAAUAUGUGGUCAGCCAAAAUGUGUUUGUGAAUAUGGAAAACGUCGAGAUAGGAAAACUGGAAGAUGUAUUUCUAAUACCGACUGUCCACCUUUUCCUUGUCUCGGUGGCAAUGAAACUUAUUAUGAUUGUCCUUCGACAUGUCCUGGCGAGAAUUGUUUAGAUUAUUUACACAAUUCAACGUAUUCCGAUAUAAAGAUUCUUGUCAGGGUACCAUGCCAACCACAUUGCCGUUGCGAUGAAGGAUAUUACAGAAACUCUUCUGGUUAUUGCGUGGACAGAGGGCAAUGUACUGAAUGCCCUGAAGAUGAAUUUUUUACUAAAUGCCCCCCAAUGCAAUGCGAUGCUGAGUAUUGUCCUCUUUCUAGAAACGAACCUUUAACUUGUAGUGGUUCUAAAGAAUGUAAAAGACCAAGAUGUUUAUGCGGUUUCAACAGCCAUAGAGAUAGAUUUACUGGAAAAUGUAUUGCAACAUAUAAUUGCCCUCCAUUUCCCUGUGAAGGGCCAAAUGAAGAAUAUCAGUCUUGCCCCCCAGUUUGUCCCGGACAGAACUGUUCGGAUUAUAUAAACAACUCCACAUGUCCAAAUAUUGGUAAAAUAGGCAUUGUAGUACCCUGCAAACCACAAUGUCGGUGCAUCAAUAAUACGUACAGAAAUACAGAUGGAGUUUGUGUGCCUGCUGAUCAAUGUAUACUAGAAGCAACAUCUACACCUACAACUCCUGAUACAAGUUCAUGCAAUAAUAUCGAUGGUGAAUUGAAUAAUUUUGAACUAGGAAAUACUGAAUUCACAGGGAAAUUCUUUUAUGAAGUGGCUAAGAGCAAUCCAGAUGUUAGCAUAAUUAUGUCUGCAUUUUCUGUCUUGACACCUCUUGCUGAAUUAGCUUUAUAUGCUUCCGGCCCAUCACUUGAGGAGUUACUUAAAGUUCUUAAUCUUCAAAAUAUAAGAUGUGUAUUUCCAAAAGUUAUAAGUAAGUUGGAAGUGCAACAAAACAAUACAUUGAAUUUGGGUGCUAAUGUAUUUGUUAAUGAAAAUUUUCCACUGACUGAUAAUUUUAUAAAGGAUACAAAGAAUGUAUUUAAUGCUGAAGCAGAAAAUAUAGACGUGAACAAUCCUGAUAAAGCAGCUACAACUAUUAAUGAUUGGGCCGCUGAACAAACAAAUAAUCGUAUCACCGAUCUUAUUUCUCCAGAUACGAUUACAUCUUUAACACGUUUAAUUUUAGCCAAUGCUAUCUAUUUCAAGAUAACGCAACUGUACUUACAAUAUUUAUAUUUUAAGGGUACAUGGAAAACACAAUUCGAUCCUAAAAAUACUAAGGAUCAAGAUUUUUCUAUAACCAAAGAUGAUAUCAUACAAGUUAAAACAAUGAAAGUAAAGGACAAAUUCAAUUAUGCAGAAAGUACGGAUUUAGACGCAAAGAUUAUUGAAUUGCCAUAUGUAGACGAUGUGGUAAGAUUUAUAGGUAUUCUACCUAAUGAUGUUGAAGGUUUAUCAGCCUUAUUGGAGAAACUACAGGAUCCGAAUGUAUUUAAUAAAGCUAUUAAUAGUUUAAGCUUAGAAACAGUUACAGUUUUGUUACCAGCCAUGGACAUAUCAACAACAAUUGAUUUGACUGAUAUUCUGCCGAAGACUGAUAUAACAAAAAUUUUCAAUGCUGAUACUUCUGGUUUGAGUGGAAUUAUAAAAUCAAAUGAACCUUUGUACGUUUCGGAUGGUACUCAAAAAGCUACGAUAAUAGUUAACGAAGAAGGAUCUGAAGCAGCAGCUGCUAAUGAAACAUGUAACGAUAAUGAAAGAUGGGUACAAUGUCCCCAAACAUUGUGCAUACCACUGACAUGUUCUCAAGUGGAAUCCUCCGUACCGUGCCCUAUUCUUGGUCCAAGGGGUGAAUGCCCAGGAAAACCAGCAUGUAUAUGUAAUGAUGGCUUAGUGAAGAAUGACGAGGGAGAUUGUAUUCCAAAGAAGCAAUGUAGCGAGAUUAAAUGUAAUAAACCAAAUGAAGUCUUUGAGAUAUGUCCAGCUAAAUGUCCAUUUAGAACUUGUGGGAUUGAUGAUCGUGUCAUUUUGUGUGCUGCACCUCCAAAAGUAGGGGACCCUGACUGUCCACCUUCAGCCUGCCGAUGCAAAAAUGGUUUCUUUAGAGACGACAAAGAAAAUUGUGUUAAAUGGGAGGACUGCCCUCCGCGGUGUAGUGAUCACGAAAUUUAUGAGAAGUGCCCAAAUCCGUGCAUACCGCAAAAGUGUUCCCAAGUUGGUUUUCCAAUAUUUUGUCCUGCUCAAAGUACCGGCAAUCCACCUUCGUGUAUAACUAAACCAGCUUGUAUUUGUGAAAGUGGAUACUACAGAAAUUGUGACGGCGUUUGCGUACCUUCACAAGAAUGCCCUUCAUGCGGUGGCGAUCCCAAUGCAAGACCUGGGUGUGGCAAUUGCAGAAAAACUUGUGCCAAUUAUAAUAGCACAGAUCCUAUUAUGUGCAUUCAGAUAUGCUACGAAAAUGCUUGUGACUGCUUACCUGGUUACGUGGUUGACGGCAAUACUGGAAAAUGUGUACUUCCAGAAGAUUGCACACCCAUCUGUCCAAAAGACGAAAUUUACACAAGUUGUGUAAUUGGUGGUUGCAAUAAGAGAAAUUGUUCACAACUAUCACAGCCAAAAAUCUGCAUAAAUCCGAUUAAUCCAUGCUUAGGGGGGUGCGUAUGUCGUGAUGGAUAUUUGAGAGCUCAAAAUGGUACUUGCGUGCCAAUAGACCAAUGUGAUUCUGGUGAAUUGACAGCAACUGCAGCUCCAAGUACAAGUUCUUGUGAUAAUGUAAAUGAUCAACUGAAUGAUUUUGAGGAUGGAAAUAUUAGAUUCACAGGAAAAUUCUUUUAUGAAGUAGUUAAGAGUAAACCAGGAGUCAGUGUCAUAAUGUCAGCAUUUUCCGUUUUGACUCCUUUAGCUGAAUUGGCUUUAUAUUCUUCUGGACCAUCUCUCGAGGAGUUACUACAAGUAUUCGAUCUUCAAAACAAGGACGAGAUACGAUGUGUUUUUACACAAAUCAAGAAUAUAUUGGAAGCUGAACAAAAUAAUACGUUAGAUUUGGGUGCUAAAGUAUUUGUUAAUCAAGAUUUUCUACUAACUGAUGAGUUCAAAAACGAUACUAGAGAUGUGUUUGAUGCUGAAGCAGAAAAUAUAGAUGUAGGGGAUCCCGAUAAAGCAGCUGCAAUAAUUAAUGAUUGGGCUGCUGAACAAACAAGAAAUCGUAUUACAGGCGUCAUAUCACCAGAAUCGAUUACUUCUUAUACACGUUUAAUAUUAGCCAAUGCUAUUUACUUCAAGGGUACAUGGAAGACAAAAUUUGAUCCCAAGGACACGGAAAAUAAAGAUUUUUCUGUUACCAAAGAUGAUACAAUUCAAGUUAAAACAAUGAAGGUAAAGGACAAGUUUAAAUACGCAGAAAGUACGGAUUUGGACGCUAAGAUUAUAGAAUUGCCAUAUACAGGCGAUGCCAUAAGAUUUAUAGGUAUUCUUCCUAAUGAUAUUGAGGGUUUAACAAAUUUAUUAGAAAAACUUCAAGAUCCUGAUGCAUUUAACAAAGCACUCAAUAGUUUGACAUUGGAAACAGUUACAGUUUUAUUACCUACUAUGGAUAUCUCUACAACAAUAGAUUUAACGGAUAUUCUACCGAAGUUUAAUGUUUGGGUCAUGGUAUGCGACUGGGCACGGAUGUAUAAUAGUGUUGAUACUCUCUAUUGUCGGCGUAUCUACAACUUCGGUUGUUUUAAAUCCACCAGUAGAAUUGUUCUUCAAUAUCUAGAGUUUUUUUUAAUAAUGAUAAAGUUACUUCUGUCUAUAGCUCUUGCAGCUAGUGGAUUUAUUGUAGUUUCUACAACAGUUGAAAAACGAACAUGCGGCUCACCUGAAGAAAUAAUAUGUAAGAAAAAUGAAAGAUGGGUAAAAUGUCCACCGCUUUUGUGUAUACCACUAAAUUGCUCGCAAGUGGGAUACCCUAUACCAUGUCCAUCACUCGGUCCAGAUAGUGAAUGUCCUGGAAAAGCAACAUGUAUAUGUAAGGAAAACUAUGUAAGAAAUAAUAAAGGAGUUUGCAUACCAAUAAAAGAAUGCCCUUCUUGUGGCGGGGAUCCCAAUGCCAUAUCGGGUUGUGGUAUAAACUGUGGACGACUUUGUUCGAAUUACGAUAAGGGUCCUGUUGCGUGUGCCGCGGUUUGUAAACUCAAUGCUUGUGAUUGUAAAAAAGAUUACGUUUAUGAUGUAAACUUGAAAAAGUGCGUUUUGCCUGAAGAUUGCUCGCCCGUUUGUGAAAAUAAUGAAGUAUUUUCUACAUGCGCCAACGGAGGUUGCGGAAAAUGGAAUUGCACGCAAAUAGGACAACCCGACCUCUGUAUAGAUCCUGUUGAAUGCAUUCCUGGAUGCGUUUGUCGUAAAGGAUAUUUACGGGCACGUAAUGGAACUUGUAUCGAAGAGAAUGACUGUCUAGAUGAUAUAUGCCCAAAUGAUAGAGAAAUUUAUGAUCUAUGCCCAUCCACUUGCCCACCAAGAAAAUGCGGUGUAGAUGAACGCAUAAUUUCAUGCCGAUUGGGACCGCCUGUAGGAGAUCCUGACUGUCCGCCACCUAAAUGUCGUUGUAAAGAUGGCUUCUAUAGAGACAAUAAAGGAAACUGUGUCCCCUGGGAUGAAUGUCCGAAAUGCGAAAGACCUUAUGAAGAAUAUAACGAUAACCCAAGACCUUGUCCUCCGAAAACCUGUGACGCGCUCGUCAAUAAAUGUUAUGACUGUUCAACCGAACCAGACCCAUCUGAAGAACCUUGUGUAUGCUAUGAAGGAUAUUACAGAAACAAAAUUGGAGAAUGUAUUUCUAAGAAAGAUUGCUAUAAGUGCACGGGUCCUCACGAAUACUUCUCAUGUGGCGGAGCUUGUGAUAAUGUGUGUGCAACAUUAAGUACCCAAAAUCAAACUAAUUGUCCAAUAGUAAAUGUAAAGUGCAAUGAAAAAUGCUAUUGCGAGGAGAAUUAUGCUAGAAAUGAAAAUAACAUAUGUAUACCUAUCGACGAGUGUAAUAGUUGUGAAUAAAAAUAUCAAACUAAAAUGGUAGCGUGCAAGAUACUAAAAUUAUUUGUAUUUAUUUUUUAUGUAAAAAGUAAAAACUUUGAAUGAUAAAUAUGUUAAUGGCCUACUUGAAGAUAAGUGGCAACCCUCAUCUAUAGACAUGUAUAGUAACAUAAGCUUUACCGAAUAUACUGUAACAUCUAACAUAGUACCCCACAUGUAAUGCCAUUGAGUUGUACCGCCAUAAACUUAUGGCGGUAACUUCUUGUGUAAUGGGAUAUUGCACAAGAAAUAGGAUGAGAAUCCUUAAACUAAAACACAGUCAUGUAAGGUACUUUGGUUUGAAGGGUUGCAGUGAUAUUUAUGUUUAUAAAGAUAUAACAUCUCCUCAGGAAUGGUAAUAUAUCAACGGUACAGAAGACAUUAUAGUAUUCCUAGCCAUAAUGUGAUAUAUGGAUGUCACAUGAUAUUCAUGUCUUUUUUGCAGACGAUGGUAACCACUUUCUAUCAGAUUAGUCAUCAGAUUAUAAAUUAAUCUAUUGUUGUUACUUCUGGCUCUUGGGUUUAGAGUCAUAACUACUGAGAUCCAUCAUUCUAUUUUCUAAACGAAUAAAAUGAAUUUAUAAAAUGAUUAAAAUAUUCUCAUAUAGCAAAAAA